AUGGCGCCUGCACCGUCUGCGUUUGUUUCCAAGUUGAGAAAGCAUUUGAAAAGUAGAAGGCUCAGUUCCAUCAAACAGGUAGGCAACGAUCGUAUUCUUGUAUUUCAGUUUUCAGAUGGCGAAUAUUACCUCGUUUUCGAAUUCUUCUCGGCUGGUAAUGUCCUUUUGUUGGACAAGGAGCGGAAGAUCCUUGCACUCCAGAGACUCGUUAAAGACUUGGGUCCUGACCAUGCCACAUAUGCCAUCAAUGAACCUUAUCGCGCAUUUGAUGAGCUGUUGUUCACAGAGUCUCAGCUGAAUGCUCAAGAAGAGUCCCCAGAUUUCGUAGAACUGGACGUUCUUGCCUGGGUAGCAGCUCAUAAAGAAAAGCUCAACGAGACCGGUGAGAAAAGCAAAAAGGUCUUCUCGAUUCACAAGCUUUUGUUUAUCAACGCGAGCUACCUUUCCAACGAUUUGCUUCUCAAGACUUUGGCAGACAGUCCUGUAGACCACACUCGCAGUUGCAUAGAUCUUGAAUCAGAUUCUUCUGCCUUGUCAGAGACACUCCAAGCCCUCAAUGACACUAAGAAAGCGUACUUUUCUCUACUCCAAUCAAGUCGUAAUGGUAAAGCCGUUGGCUUCAUUGUCGAGAAGAAGAAUCCAUUGCAUAAGCCUGAUGAUAAAGACUCAUUGGAGUUCGUUUACGAUGAAUUUCAUCCAUUCAAGCCAUACAAGAAAACAGAUGGUUUCCGCUUUCAGCCUGUUGAGGGUUAUAAUAAGACCAUAGACCAAUUCUUUUCUACCAUUGAAUCUACCAAGCACUCAUUGCGUAUUGAACAACAAAAACAGCAUGCUCAGAAACGUUUAGACAACGCCAAAAACGAGAGAGAUCGCCAAAUCGAACGUCUUGUUAAUCAACAAGAAGCAAAUGAGAAAAAGGGUGAGGCUAUCCUACAUCACGCUGAAACCGUGGAGGCAUGCUCCGAGUAUGUCAAUGAGAUGGUCAAGAAACAAAUGGACUGGACGGAUAUUGAGAAUGUAAUUAGAUUUGAUGCGGAGAAGAAUCGCAUGGAGGCUCUCACCAUAAGAUUGCCUUUGCGACUUGAAGAAAAUCUUAUCAAGCUCUCUCUUCGAGAUCCUGCUCACAUCGCCGAUGAGGAUAUUCUGAGCGAUGAAACAAACUCUGAUACCUCCUCCAGCUCGGAAUCAGAGUCGGAAAGUGAUGCAUCGGACUCUGAUUAUGACUCCGAUGACUCUCUCGUUAAAAAGCCAGUAAAAACAAAGGCUAAGAAGGCGCGCAAGCCAGAGAUCCCUACCCUCAAUGUUGACAUUGAUUUGGGACAAUCUGCCUUUGCCAAUGCUAGUCUCUAUUUUGGACAAAAGAAAGAGGCAUCUAGCAAACAAGCUAAAGUCGAGAAAAAUUCUGACAUGGCCAUGAAGAACGCCGAGAAGAGAGUGGAACGUGAUUUAGCAAAGAAAUUGAAGAAUGAAACCGAUGCGUUGAAAAGUAUUCGCCACAAGUAUUGGUUUGAAAAAUUCUUCUGGUUUGUUUCAAGUGAAGGCUACUUGUGCAUUGCCGGGCGCGAUGAAAUCCAAGUUGACAUGAUUUACUACCGUCACUUCAACGAUGAUUCAUAUUUCGUGACCUCUGAUAUAGAGGGGUCUCUCAAGGUUUUUAUUUUAAAUCCAUUCCCACAUGAGGAUAUCUCACCUACUACCUUGUUCCAAGCGGGAGUGUUUGCUCUCUCAACUUCUGUUGCUUGGAACUCAAAAGCAAGUUCAUCUGCAUGGUGGCUCAAAGGAAAAGAUGUUACCAAAAAGGAAUUUGAUGGGUCCUUACUAGGACCUGGAAGGCUCAACUACAAAGCCGAUAAGAACUUCAUGCCGCCUGCUCAAUUGGUUAUGGGCCUUGGAUUGUACUGGUUAGGAGACGAGGAAACGGCAAAAAGGCACACGGAUACUCGUGUAAGUCGCCAGGAGGAGCAUGGCUUGAAGGUUAAAGUUGAUAGGAAGAAAGCUGAUUUGGAAGGCAUCGACUUAGAAAAGCUAAUGCUGUCAAAAUCUACCAAAACAGACUCCCAGACGGAUGCUGCAGGCACAGAAACUCCAAAAUCGGACGAUGGAAGUGAAGCACAAAGUUCUGCUGCGACCGAUCAAGAGCCAACAAGUUUCGAUCCUCUUCUGGGAAUCGUACAAACCAAAAACGUACGUGGAAAAAAGGGAAAGCUUAAGAAACAAAAGGCAAAGUAUGGUGAUCAAGAUGAUGAAGAAAGAAGAUUGAGAAUUGAAGCAUUAGGAACCUUAAAGCAAAUCGAAGCAUUACAAAAACAAAAAGCCGAAGAACAGCAAAAACAGGCAGAGGCUACAAAGAACAAGUACAAUCAAGCCCGGUCUGCGGAACAGCGUGAUCGGAAAGCUGAAGAACGUGAGCUUCAAAAGUACUUCGAAGACGACGAAGAUGUUUUUGAUGAGUCGUACUUGGCCAUGCUCGAUUCGCUCAUUGCCAAACCAUCAAAGACAGACAGCAUUGCUACAGCCGUUCCUGUUUUCGCACCCUGGUCUGCAUUAGCCAAGUUCAAGUAUAAGGUCAAGGUGCAGCCAGGAAUGGGCAAAAAGGGAAAAAGUAUUAGUGAGGCAUACAAUUUUUUCUCGAAGAGAAAGGUGGACAACUCCAGAGAGGAUGCCGAUGAGGAUUGGCCUGAGGAGCAUGCUAUUAUCAGUACAUUGGCUGCCAACGACGCUAUUGGUCUCAUUACUGUUGGAAAAUUAAAGAUGAUGUUACCUGCACUGAACCAGAGCAGUAACGGCAAAAAAGGACCCAAAAAGGGAAAGAGAUGA